CGAGAAUUGUCUUACAAGAUUGUAAUUCUGGAAAAAUAUCUUAUUACACUAUGCCACCUACUUCAACCAAAGAUCCCAUAGUAGUUGAUAGUAAAAUUGUACAGCGGUCGGAAGUAGAUCAACCGGAAUUUAAUAUAUAA